AAGAUGAUUAAGAAUACUAUUGUAUCACUACUUAUUGUAGUAUUCAUUGCCACUGUUGCCAAUGCUCACCUUUAUGGAGUGUGGCAAUCUGGCUCAGUCGCUGAGUUUGGAACCAUCGAUCCAACUACUGGAAACACAACAAUGAAGCUGGAAUUCCCUGGAUUCAACAACUGGGUUCCAAGUAACUCUGCCAUGAACAACUUCACAAGUAUCUUUACCUUUGUCCUCACCUACAACCAAACUGGUUUCCUCGUGUCAGUCAAUGUUGCCACCAACAAAGUUAUCUAUUUCGUCAGUAUUCAAGAUAAUGCCGUGCCCUACGGACUCCACUAUGACAGCGAUGUCAACUCCCUCAAGUGUGUCCUAAAGGGAUCCGAUAACAACACCUGGUUGAUUGGUGAGAUGGAUCCUGCCUCAGCCUCAUACGAUGUCUAUUCUGAAUUGGAUGGAGCAUUCAUCUCAGCAGGCCUUUCACCAUACACUCAUUCAUAUUUUGUUGUGAUUGCGUCAUUGAAUGGUGAGAACACUACAAUGUUCAGCUUUGAUACUAGAUCUGGCCAGUUGACCAACUCUGUUGUCCUUGGUCAGCCAGUCAACUCGAUGGGAGGCCCAUUCAACCUGCUCUACUUGCCAUCGCUUGACAUCCUGGUCGGCACAGUUCUGUUGAAUGACAGCUCAUCCGAGAUUGGAAUGGAUUAUGCCAUGAUCGAUACCAACAGUGGAGUUAUCAAACCACUUGGAUUCUUCCCACCAUCUGACAAUGCACUCGUACUAUCAAGUGCUGCACAUCAGAACCUCAUAUACACCUUUGGUUACUUCAGCUCCACUCAACAACUCAUCACUCUAAACGUCCAGACACUCUCACAAUCACCAGUAACAGAGUCAGACAUCCUCGUCUCGCUCGGUUACUUUACCAACUUUUAA